AUGAUUGGCGCUCAUCAAGGCUUUGUUCAAAGAUUAAGAAAUGACCCUAAAUGCAACUCUGAUCUUUUAUCGUACCAUUGUAUCAUUCAUCAAAGCGUCCUUUGCUGCAAACUGGAUCCGUCCCAGACACUUCUUCAAGAAAAUGAUACUCAGUUUGACGAUUUAUUACUUCAUAAUAAUGUGAGAUGGCUGAGCAAAGGCAAUGUCUUGGAAAGGUUUUACUUACUGAAUGAAAUUGAACUAUUUUUAAUUCAGAGUACACAUUUGUCUGCCAAAGACUAUCACGAAUUUAUCAGUGAUAAUAGUAACAUAGCAACUAUUGCGUUUUUGACAGAUAUUUUUCAACACAUAAAUUCGUUCAACUUGAAACUUCAAGAUGUUGGUAAUGAACAUUUACAUUUUCCUAACUUGAAAAAAGUUGUUGAUAAAAAUCACGAGAUUAUCGAUAAUAAAUCUAAUUAA